AUGUCUGCUGGUUCUGUUCUUGUUGCUGGUGGCACGGGCUACAUUGGCUCCUUCACCACCCUCGCUCUGCUGGAGGCUGGCUACAAGGUCGUCGUUGCUGACAACCUGUACAACUCCUCCGCUGAGGCACUGAACCGGAUUGAGGCCAUUUGCGGCAAGAAGGCGGAAUUCGUUAAGCUCGAUGUCACCAACGAGGCCGACUUCGACAAGGUGUUCGAAGCUCACCCCGACAUUGACAGCGUGAUCCACUUCGCUGCCCUGAAGGCCGUCGGCGAGUCUGGCGAGAAGCCCCUGGACUACUACAUGGUCAACGUCUACGGCACCAUCAACCUGCUGCGCUCGAUGGUCCGCCACAACGUCACCAACAUUGUCUUCUCUAGCUCCGCCACUGUCUACGGCGAUGCCACCCGCUUCCCUAACAUGAUCCCCAUCCCCGAGGAGUGCCCCCUGGGCCCCACCAACCCCUACGGUAACACCAAGUUCGCCGUUGAGACCGCCAUCACCGACGUCAUCAACGCUCAGCGCAACAACGCUAUCAAGGCCGGUAACGAGGCCGAGGCCAAGAAGUGGAACGGUGCUCUGCUUCGCUACUUCAACCCCGCGGGUGCUCACCCCUCCGGCAUCAUGGGCGAGGACCCCCAGGGCGUCCCUUACAACCUGCUCCCCCUGCUCGCUCAGGUUGCCACUGGCAAGCGCGAGAAGCUGAUGGUCUUCGGUGACGACUACGCCUCCCAUGAUGGCACCGCCAUUCGUGACUACAUCCACAUCCUCGAUCUCGCUGACGGCCACCUGAAGGCCCUCAACUACCUCCGCGCCAACAACCCCGGUGUCCGCGCCUGGAACCUGGGUACCGGAAAGGGCUCCACCGUCUACGAGAUGAUCCGCGCUUUCAGCGCCGCUGUCGGCCGUGACCUCCCCUACGAGGUCGCUCCUCGCCGUGCUGGUGACGUCCUCAACCUGACUGCCAACGCUACCCGUGCUAAUAAGGAGCUUGGCUGGACUCCCACCCGUACCCUCGAGCAGGCCUGUGAGGAUCUUUGGCUCUGGACUAAGAACAACCCCCAGGGCUACCGCCAGCAACCCCCGGCGGAGCUGCUGGCUAAGCUGAAGAAGUAA